CGAUUGAAUAACAUAUUCCCACCCAAUCGUCAAAUUAAGCGAGUCAUGAUACUUGUUUUAGGGACACGCAAGAGUCGCCAAUACAGCCCAAAAAGGACGUGUCAAGACCUUCUUUUUACAGUCUGAGGGCCAGUAAAGGGUUAAAUAGGAGGAAACGCAGCAUGGUCCGUGUACUCGUCUGGGUGGAGUAAAGUUGGACAUGUAAAACCCACUUAUACAUUUUCAACCAAAUUAGCUAAACAAGAAAACAUUUGUUCGGUACAAAAUAACGUUUUUUGAAAUUAAAAAAAAACCCAUUCAUCUGAAAUGAGUGAUGUCAGUGAAGAGUCGCUGUUGGAGUAUUUCUACUCAGCUGGAGGUCAUUCAGGCAGAGUGAAAAAUGCAGAUAUACUGAGGACAUACAAGCCCUUCAUUGGCCACACGGACUUGCAAUUACGCGCUAAACACAGGGAGGAAUUCAAACUCAUCAUCGACAGAAUUGCCGUGGUGAAAUCAGAGAACGGUGAGAAGUAUUUGGUCUUGAAGAAAAAAUACAGACAGCUACUGCUGCAGCGACACACAGAGCUUCAUGGGACAGACGGGGACGGACAGAGCCAUGCCAACCUGACCGGAAACCAGGCCGGCGUACAGUGGGAGGAGACAGAAACCACCUCUCCUUCAUCAGCCCAGAAGGGGCUCCAAGAUGUUGGUCUUCCUCCUCCGCCUGCAGACAGGACGCCUGCUCAGAUGGUGUGGUGUGGAGGGACAGAAUCGCCAGUCCAGGACCAUCCCAGACAAAUGGAAAUGGCCGAUUGCCAAAAUGAGGAUCCCUUGGCACACAGUAACGGGGAAGAUGAGCUGGAUAAAGACUUGGGGUCAAAGUCGGAGUCAGAGCAAGACGAGGAGUGUAUGGGCAGUAUGGGUGCCACCGCAGUUGCUCUUGACCCCAUAGAGAAGGAGUGGAUUUACUCUGCUGCGUGUGCUCGUGUCCCCAACCUCUCCCAGCUGCUCGGACAGGACCCCUCUCUGGCAAACAAGAAGGACUUCACCUCAGUGAGUAUCACAGCUCUUCACUGGGCGGCCAAACAUGGCAAAGAGGAUAUGGCCUCUCUCGUUGCUAAUGCCGGCGCCGAUGUGAACACCAAAUCGGGAUACACACCAUUACACAUCGCAGCGUUGCAUGGCCAUCGGCACAUUCUUGACCUGCUCAUAGGGACAUAUGGUGCCAAAGAGAACCUAAGGGACUACAGUGGCCAUAUUCCUUUCCAUUAUCUCAACAUCAGAGAGCCAGAGGGACCUGAGGAAGACAAUGAGCUACAGUUCCACGUUACUCAGGCCAGAGAGCGGAACAGGAACAGGAAGCUGGCUUCACUGUUCCAGUCCAAAAAGAAGUGGGGCUCAGCAGAGGAGUUAGCUCCCAUAGAAGAGGAGAGAUCAGCACCACAGCAGCUUGUGCCCCCUGCAUUUAGACCCAGGAAGUUCUCACGCUAAAAAAAAAAGAAAUCUGGGACUAUUUUUUCUUUCCUUCGCUGUUACUCACACACAAACAUUCAUACAUAUAUACACACAUCCAUACACAUGCAUGCAUGAACACAAGCAUACACACAGGCCAGCACAUGCAAUACGUAUGGAUGAUAUGUACAGAUGCCUACACGCAGCUGUGCAAGCUCAUAUUAAAACUCAUAUAAACACUGAAUUCAGAUGCUGUAAUGUUGAAUAAGAUCUUGUUUUGGUAUCGGCAAUAUUUAUGCCAACGAGUGAGAAGUUUCAUUCAGCCAUUAAAAUUUUCAAUGAAUUUUGCAAAACAUCACGUAUGGAGCAGUUUCGCUAGCGUGUCGAAGCAAGGUUUGAUUACGUAGAUUCUCCAUGGAUGCCAUUAUUCCCUUUGUUGAUUAGUUCCGAGUGAACAAAUCUGACGUGAAAAACUCACUUUCACACUUCACACUUGCAAAUUGAUUCUGCGACAACGGAAGAUUCCCAAAUUACCAUUACCGUUGACAUUUGCCAGUCGGAGGAGUUACACUCUUCUAAUGCAGUAUUAUUGUUCUCGUCUUAAUAUCAGUAUUUGCUUUGGCUUUUGUCGUGAUUGCCUUUGUUAUCCCUUAUUUUGCACAAUAUUUUUUAUUUAAAAGAUAUUUUGGUAUUAAUCUGUUUUUGACUGUAAUAAACUGUAUUUUGUAUCGAA